GAGGUUAUCAUGCAAAAACAGAAGGAGCUUAACUGAUGCGAAGCAGGAUGAUAUAGAGAUCCCUAGCUAUACUGCUGUAUCCGCUCAAGUCAAUUGAAGAUAUCUCUCAUCAAUACAGAGUACGGGGUAUAACUACAGAGUACAGAGUACAUAUCAAUGCGAACCCAGGAUCAUCGCUCUUCCCCGUGAUCAUUAUCAGUGCCUAACAUGCGAUUAUUCGGCCGAACACGCUGCUGAUGCCAUUGCUCCCCGCCCAUUUAGCCGCGCUACCCCGCCGCGGUGUGCCAUCAAAGUCUUUUUCGCUCCGGCCCUAUCACCGGCCUCCCGAUGGUCACCGUCAGCCUCUUUCCCGCCUCUUUCCCUAUCUCUCUUAUUUCUUCCCCUCUCUUCCGUCUUCCUCCUCUUCUUCCUCCUCAUUAUCCCCUCCUUGUCAAUAUUUCCAUCAGUCCUUCAUUGCAGGCGGUGUUAGGGACCGCGGUUAUCGUGCCCCGCUGCUUUUUAGUACUGAUCCACUGCGUCGGGAAGAUUUUGACUCUAUCCGAAACCGCUACUAUACGCACAGAGGUGCCAUGACAGCCACCAAGAUCGAUGGCACGGCCAUUGCCAAGAGUAUCCGGGAUGGCCUGAAGGUUGAGAUUGAACAGAUCCAGCAAGCAAACCCCAGGUUCCAGCCUAGUCUGGUUAUCUUUCAGGUUGGCGGUCGAUCCGAUUCGAGCACCUAUGUGCGCAUGAAGUUGAAGGCUGCUGAGGCAGCAAACAUCACGUGCAAGAUUGUCAACUUCCCCGAAUCCAUCUCCCAGUCCGAACUGCUCCAAGAAAUUACCAAGGCCAACAACGACACCACCGUCCACGGUAUCCUCGUCCAAUUGCCGAUCCCCGCACACCUGUCCGAACAUGCAGUCACGUCUGCAGUGGCCGACGAGAAGGAUGUCGAUGGUUUCGGUGCGGUCAAUAUCGGCGAGUUGGCGAAGAAGGGCGGUGCCCCUCACUUUGUGCCAUGCACACCCCAGGCGGUCAUGGAGCUCUUGAAGGUUAGCGGAGUGAGCCCCGCAGGCAAGGAAGCCGUGGUCCUUGGUCGUAGCGAUAUCGUCGGCAGCCCUGUUAGCUACCUGCUGAGGAAUGCUGAUGCUACCGUCACCCUCUGCCACUCCAAGACCCCGGACAUGCCCCGACUCGUGAAGAACGCAGACAUUGUGGUUGCAGCUAUCGGCCAGACUGAAUUUGUUAAGGGUGAAUGGUUGAAGCCGGGUGCCGUGGUGAUCGACGUUGGUAUCAAUUACAAGCCAGACGCGACCAAGAAGUCCGGCGAGCGACUUGUGGGUGAUGUCGACUUUGAAUCGGCUGCGCAGGUAGCUUCUCAGAUUACUCCUGUCCCCGGUGGGGUAGGUCCGAUGACCGUCGCCAUGUUGAUGAAGAACGUGGUCAACGCCGCCAAAGUAUACUUCCAGAACCAGAAGAACCGACGCCUGACUCCAUUGCCGGUUAAGUUGGUCGAGCCUGUUCCCUCUGAUAUCGACAUUUCCCGCGCUCAGUACCCGAAGCAGAUCACCGACCUUGCUGCCGAAAUUGGCAUCGCUCCUCAUGAGUUGGAGCCCUAUGGUCAUACCAAGGCCAAGGUCAGCCUGGAUAUCAUAAAUCGCCUGGCCCACCGCCGCAAUGGGCGGUACAUUCUUGUCUGUGGUAUCACCCCUACACCACUUGGUGAGGGCAAAUCGACGACCACGCUCGGUCUUACCCAGGCACUUGGUGCCCAUCUUGACCGCAUUAGCUUUGCCAAUGUGCGGCAGCCCAGUCAAGGUCCUACGUUUGGUAUCAAGGGCGGUGCUGCCGGUGGUGGAUACAGUCAAGUCAUCCCCAUGGACGAGUUCAACCUGCACUUGACUGGUGAUAUCCAUGCCAUUACGGCUGCCAACAACUUACUUGCUGCUGCUAUCGACACCCGUAUGUUCCACGAAGCCACCCAGAAGGAUGGCCCGCUCUACAAGCGAUUGGUUCCUCCCAAGGGCAAUAAGCGCGAGUUCAAGCCCGUCAUGUUCAAACGACUACAGAAGUUGGGUAUCACGAAGACCAACCCGGACGAUCUCACCGAGGAAGAAGCACGCCGUUUUGCGCGCCUGGACAUCGACCCAGAAACUAUUACCUGGCGUCGCGUGCUGGAUGUGAACGACCGGCACCUUCGUUCGAUCACCGUCGGACAAGCGCCCUCGGAGAAGGGUCUGACCCGCGAGACUGGAUUUGAUAUUUCUGUCGCCAGUGAAUGUAUGGCCAUCCUGGCACUGAGCAACAGCCUCGAGGACAUGCGGGAACGUCUGGGACGUAUGGUCGUGGCCACCUCUCGGAGCGGCGACCCGGUGACUUGCGAUGAUAUCGGUGCUGGUGGUGCCCUUGCUGCGCUCAUGAAGGACGCAAUCAAGCCCAACAUGAUGCAGAGUCUGGAGGGUACCCCGGUCAUGGUUCACGCCGGUCCGUUCGCCAACAUCAGUAUUGGCGCCAGUUCGGUGCUUGCGGAUAAGCUGGCCCUCAAGCUGGCUGGUACGGAGCCUGACGAGGACCACGAGACGCAGACCGGUUUCGUCGUGACUGAGGCUGGUUUCGACUUCACCAUGGGUGGUGAGCGAUUCUUCAACAUCAAGUGUCGAUCGUCUGGUCUGUCGCCUGACACUGUUGUGAUUGUGGCGACUGUCCGGGCCUUGAAGGUUCACGGCGGUGGUCCCGCUAUCAGCGCUGGCGCUGCCUUGCCUGAAGUCUACCGCACGGAGAACACAGAGAUCCUCCGCAAGGGUUGUAUCAACCUCAAGAAGCACAUUGAGAACGCCAAACAGUACGGCGUGCCCGUCGUUGUGGCGAUCAACCGGUUUUCGACGGACACGGAGGCUGAGAUUGCUAUUAUCCGGGAAGAGGCUGUCGCCGCUGGUGCAGAGGACGCCGUUCCCGCCAACCACUGGGCCGAAGGUGGUGCGGGAGCAGUCGAUCUGGCCAAGGCAGUGGUGCAGGCCAGCUCGAAACCUAAGGAAUUUAAGCUUUUGUACGAGCUGGAGGGCACCGUGCAAGAGCGAAUCGAGAAAAUCGCACAGAUCAUGUACGGAGCGGAGAAGGUUGAGUUCAGCGAACUGGCACAAAAGAAGGUUGAUACCUACAUUCAACAAGGAUAUGGUAACCUUCCGAUUUGCAUUGCCAAGACGCAGUACUCGCUCAGUCACGAUCCCGACCUGAAGGGUGCGCCGACCGGAUUCACAGUGCCCAUUCGGGACGUGCGGUUGGCAGUUGGCGCUGGAUAUCUCUACGCACUGGCGGCAGACAUCCAGACGAUUCCAGGAUUGCCCACAGCACCAGGUUACCUCAACAUCGACAUCGACCCCGAGACCGGGGAGAUUGGCGGUAUGUUUUAGAUGAAUUGGGAGGGAUGACCCCGUUGACGUAAUAAUAUCUGUUGGUUUAAUCUGUUAAGCGCUGAGGGAUUCAAUUUCAACAUUCAAGUAUAUAGACAUGAGCAUGACGAGGACAUGAUUAGCAUGUAUUUUCAACAAAACGGUCCAUUUCGGGCAAUGAGAUAUAAAAAUAUUUUGUAUUGCAACUGCAAGUGUAUGCGAUGCGAUGCUGUAUGUACAAAUAUGUAGUCUGCAGGAACCGGAGUAGAGUCGCAUCUCCGGCCAUGCCAGAGC